GAUGCAAAAUUCGAGGAUUCCACCGUUUUCUGAAGCAAAGAAAAAGAAGAUUCCUACUCCAAAACAACAAUUACCACCACGAAUCGGGAAGAAGGCUUCAACGAGGAGCAAACAAGACAAGCUUUAUGCAGUUUCUCAUCAACCUGAGAUGUGUAAUUCAGAUUCAUCUUCCGGAAACGAGUACAGAGCAUUGAGGCGCAAGUAUUUGCUGCUGGAGGAAGACAGCUUCGAGUUGGAGAGAGAACUAAAGGAAGCCGAAGAUGAUAUUAAGGCACUUGAAGAUGAGAAACUUGAGCUCUUGGACAAACUCGUUGUAAUGGAAGGUUUAGUUGAUCCUUGAUUGAUUCUAGAGCCUAGCAUUUGCCUUGUCUGUGACCUGA